AUGUCGAAAAUAGCAAACAGAGACUAUGCAGCCCUUAAUCUCUGCGGAGACAAUUACUUGCAGUGGGCACUAGACACAAGGAUUAGUCUAAAGUCCAAGGGACUCGGUGAUACUAUCACCGAAGACAACAAUGAGAAUGAAAAGAACCGAUACAGAGCCUUAGGCCUUAUGCGUCAUCAUCUCAUUGACGGUCUUAAAGAUCAGUACAUGACAAUUGAGAAUCCACUAGAUCUUUGGAAAGCUUUAAAGAAUAGAUAUGAUCACCACAGGAUGGUGUUGCUUCCAAAGGCAAGGCAUGAUUGGAUGCAUCUAAGAUUCUUAGACUAUAAGUCAGUGGAUGAUUACAACUCAGCUCUAUUCAAGAUUGUCUCAAUACUAAAGCUUUGUGGUGAAGAAGUAACCGAUAGCAUGAUGCUUGAAAAGACCUAUACGACUUUCAAUCAGUCGAAUUCUGUGUUGCAAGAGAAAUACAGGACAAAGGGCUUUGCCACAUAUACUGAUCUGAUCUCAUGUCUACUCUUGGCCGAGGCAAACAAUGAACUCCUACUAAAGAACAACAAGAAACCAUACGGCAAUAGCCGUGGUGGAUUCAAGAGGCGUGGACAUGACAACUCAAACGGCCGAGACGGCUACUCAACUGGCCGGAAAGGAAACCACAAUAACCGUGGUCGUGGUUCCAAUUACGGCCGGGGUCGAGGCAGCUACGGCCGCGGACGAGGUGGCAUAUCCAAACCAUCUUACACGUCCAACAAGUCUGUAUGCCACAGAUGCGGGAGUGACAACCAUUGGGCUAAGAACUGUAGAACUCCGAAACACUUGUGCAACCUCUACCAAGAGAGCCUCAAGAACGAGAAUCCAGAGGCAAACAUGAUCCAAGAAAACGUCCAUGAGGACAAGGGAUAUGGGUAUGAUGCUGACAAUGAAUCCGACAAGGACAACCAAGAUGACCUAAUGGAUUUUGAGACAUCCGAUUGUCUCAAGGACUAG